UUCGGAUUACAGUGUACUUCGGAUGGACCACGGCACCUUUUAUAUUCAGACUAAUGUCGACGACGUAUUCAGGUUUAAGCGGAAGCCAACAAUAAGACCAUGACCUCAGAGUGCGUGCAUUUGUUGACAAAGCUUCGGAGAAAGAAGAAAUUUGAAAGAAGGCAGAGAGUUCGGCAUGGAGCUAGCGGCCUCCAGCCUGCUACUCUGCACAGGGGGAGGGGGAACGGGGACAUAAAGUUGUGAUGAGGAAUGAUGAUGGCAUAGAAAGGGGCACAAAGCUUCGGAAGCAACGUAGUACUCUGUACCGUACUCUGACGCCCUGUUCCAUUGAUCACCGCGGAGAGAGUGGCCAUGGGCAGUAACUGCAGGAGUUGUCAUGGUAACGCAAUGUUUGUACCGUUUGUACACAAUGUGUUAAAUUCUCUCGAUACUGCCAUACGAUGUCCUCGGACGACGACGAAUCGUCCUGGGUAUUUGAGUCCCUGGUCGGCUACCUGCGGGGUCCCGCGUGGAACAUUCCGAUUAUAACUUUCAUUGAACAGAAAUCGAUCGUCUUCGAACCAGGAUGCGACAACGAGGAAUACCGCAAGAUACACAACGAAUACAAGAACCUGGUUGACUUUAUGCUGGGAAGUCAUAUGGAAGACAUGGGAAUAACGCCUGAACAGUUCGAAAAAGUAUGCGGUAAACCAAACAGGGGCAUAGCUGCCAAAUUUCAUCAGGGUCUCUUCGAGCAGGUCUGGGCAGCAGAUGAUUAUGAAAUCUUCAAGCGUAUGAUGACUCAAAAGAACAUUGAUCUUCAACUUCAGGCACUGGAGAUCAUGGCUCAACGUUACGGUCUCGUGCCAGACUCAUUCCAGGGUGAACCACAGGGUGUUACAGAAGACGCCGAGAAGGCGGAUGAGAAGAACAGCAAAGAUGACGAAGAGGUUCUCAUGGCUCAUGUCAUGAAGAAGUCACUUGAAGAAGAAGCGACAGCGAAAGAACAAGAGACCAUGGAAGAAAAGCUAAUUCAGGAUGCCAUUCAGGCCACUCUCUUGGAGAAACAGCGACUUGAAUCAGAAAAAACCAAAGAGAAAGAACUCUUGGACAAGGCUCUCAAGUUGUCCCUUGCAGAGUCACCACAACCUCCCACCGAGAGUGAGGAAACUGUGCCCAAGGAAAAACCGAGCACUGAAGCAGGGAGUGAACAGCAGACUUCUGCCGUGGAGGAUGAUGAGCUGGCAUGGCGGCACCGAGCAAGUGCUGAGGAAGUUACCCAGCGCAGAGAAUAUCUUCGUAACCAGCGGGACAAGCUGGUGGCACUGAAACGUGCAGAGCGUGAGAAACAGCUCAACAGCACGCUCGAGCGAGACGAGCCACAGCGCCCACGCUCUGCCAGGGCUGCCAGGGCUGCUCUUGGGGGCACCGUGAUGCUUGAGGCGCCCAACAUGGCUGAUCAGGGUAACCUUGCCUUCCGCAAGUCCCUGGCGGCUCGGCUUAAAGCCGAAGUCAUAGAUUCAUAGAGUCCUUGUCCUGCCUUUGCCUGUGGUAACUACAAAUCUUCGAAAAAGCAUGCUGACAAUGAAGCUUCCAACAUUACUGUAAGUGGCUUGCAGCAUUUACCUUAUGCUGAAGGCUUUCUAAUCACCAUUAUUAUAACUUUUUUGCAGAGCACUAGCAAGCAGCCCAGCCUAAAGGACCGCAGGGAAUAUUGGUGAACAAUGGUGUCGCUUACUGUUAAAACUCGUAUCCUGAGCACGAAGCUUAAUAAAUAUAUAUGUUGUCAUUGUUCCAACAUACAAAACAGUGCAGCGUUUUUAUUUAGCAGUGAAGCCGUAUUGAAUGUUUAGCUGUGUGAUAUAGAAAUGUUUCAAUACACACACCACCACAAAUAUGCAAUGGUACCAGUGUAUGCAAUAGAAUGCCCAUACGCAUUGUGUAAUAAUUGUGCAGUGUAAUUGUGCAGGUGUAAUAAUUAGCAUAAUUGCAUCGAACUCCACCGACAAGUUUUGUGAAAGAGCUAAAUGAAUACUUGGACCAAGCUACUUUUGCGCUCAUGGUUGUCGUUUUUGAGGCAGUG